UUGCGGCGGGCGACUUCCUCGUGGCCGGAAAAAGCCGGUUCCUCCGCGAACUUCCGGUCCCGCCUCCUUUCCGAACCAGGGCCUGCCGAGCGCAGAAUGGGCCGCGUAAUCAGAGGCCAGAGAAAAGGCGCGGGGUCCGUGUUCAGGGCCCACGUGAAACACAGGAAGGGCGCAGCGAAGCUCAGGGCUGUUGACUUUGCUGAAAGACAUGGCUACAUCAAGGGUAUUGUGAAGGACAUAAUUCAUGACCCUGGACGGGGAGCUCCGCUUGCCAAGGUUGUUUUCCGUGAUCCAUACAGAUUUAAGAAACGAACAGAAUUGUUCAUUGCCGCUGAAGGCAUUCACACGGGACAGUUUGUUUAUUGUGGCAAGAAAGCUCAACUGAACAUUGGCAAUGUGCUGCCUGUUGGUACUAUGCCAGAAGGCACCAUCGUCUGCUGUCUUGAAGAGAAGCCGGGCGAUCGUGGGAAGCUGGCUCGCGCCUCUGGAAACUAUGCCACAGUUAUCUCCCACAAUCCUGAAACCAAGAAAACGAGGGUGAAACUGCCUUCUGGUUCCAAGAAGGUGAUCUCCUCUGCAAACAGAGCAGUUGUUGGUAUUGUUGCUGGUGGUGGUCGUAUUGACAAACCAAUCUUGAAAGCUGGACGGGCUUACCACAAAUACAAGGCAAAGAGAAACUGCUGGCCACGUGUCCGUGGUGUAGCUAUGAACCCUGUUGAACAUCCUUUUGGUGGUGGCAACCACCAGCAUAUUGGUAAGCCAUCAACCAUUAGGAGAGAUGCUCCAGCUGGUCGCAAGGUUGGUCUCAUUGCAGCCCGGCGUACUGGCAGACUGCGUGGAACAAAGACUGUGCAGGAGAAGGAGAAUUAAAUCUUCAGUUCAUUAUAUUCAUAACAAAAUAAAUGCCAUUAUUUGUGUACAUCUAGUAAAAA